UGAUACAUGUUCCAGGAAAAACAGCUGAGAACCGUUUGCCACUGAAUUGUAAUUUUGUUUUCUGUUUUGAAUUAACACAUAAAAGUUGAGCUAUGUCCACGCGGUGGUAUCCAAUUUAUCAACGCGGCAACCCACAGUUGCGCGUAUUCCUGCCGAACUUUUGGAUGAAACUAGUACGACCAACAGAAGAGCAGCCGGCUAAUGUUGUUACCUUCGCGGUGUCCACGGAGAUGACCAAACAUGAUGUGAAAAACUAUUUGGAAAAGAUUUAUAAGCUUCCUGUGGUGGAUGUUCGCACACGAAUUGCAUUGGGUGAGACCAAACGUGAUCAAACCUACGGCUAUGUGACAAAGAAAGACGAUGUCAAAUAUGCUUAUGUAACCAUGCCGAAAACCGAAGCGUUUACAUUUCCGGAUAUAUUUGUAAAUAAAGCAGAGAAGCAGGAAAAGGAGGAAAAGUCACUGGACGAGUCGAAGGCCGGCUUUCGCAGGUUUUUGGAUCGCAACAAGAAACGACCUGGUACGCCGGGCUGGUACUCGAUUUAAGCUAUUAAGUUAGAUGUAAUUUAAUUUGUUUGCAACGAAUAAUAACAUUUAUUUCGAAAAUCCCA